AUUAAUUCCACAUUUUUUUUUGAAAAAUAUUUUUGUUGUUUAUGUUUUCAAAUUUUUUUAAAUAUAAAAAUAAAAUAAAAAAUGUCAAUUCUUGAUAAAGAAUUUAUAGAUAAAUUAUACGAAAUAAUACAAUCCAUAUUGAAAGAAAACGAUACCGCACAACAACAAUGUUUAUUACAACCGAAACAACGAAACGAAAAAUUUUAUUAUCAACAAUUGAAUAAAAAUUUUUGUCAAAAAAUUUUACAAAAAUUUGAAAAUUUAAAUAAUGCUGAACAUCAAACCAAAUUGCAUUCAUGGUUUAAUAGUGAUUUGGAUGUUAUACCAAAUGAAUAUGAAGGUGGUCUGAAGAUCUGGGAAGGAUUAUUCGAUUUGAUUGAUUAUUUUGAACAAAAUAAAUAUGAUUUUAAUCAAUUAUUAUCCAAUAACGAUGAUGAAUUUAGAAUAUGUGAUUUAGGUUGUGGUUCUGGUCUGCUUUCACUAUAUUUAGCUCGAAAAUUACGACAAUUAAAACCCAAUCAAAAAUUUCGUAUCUAUCUCCAAGAUUAUAAUGAACAGGUAAUAAAAUUUUUUACCUGUCCAACAAUUAUCGUUAAUGAAAAAGAAGAAAACAAUUCAUUGGAACAAAUAAAAUUAAAUUAUGAAUUCAUAUGGGGUGAUUGGGAAAAAAUUUCCGAAUUUUUCAUUACAAAUAAAAUUCAUUUCAAUUUAAUCGUUACAGCUGAAACAAUUUAUAAGGAAGAAAAUUUUCCCAAAUUAAUAAAUCUUUUUCAAUCAAAUAUUCAACCAACAAAUGGACGUAUAUUGAUUGCCAGUAAAAGUCAUUAUUUUGGUAUCGGUGGUGGUACUUAUUCAUUUUUAGAUUAUCUUGAUUCAUUGAUCGAAAAUAAAUCAUCAUAUUUAAUGGGUGAUAUUAUUGAAGAAAUUGAUCAAUCAUUACUUCGUCAUAUUAUUGAAUUACGAUUAUCAGAAUCGCAACCUGAAAAACAAUAAUUCAAAAAAUCCAAUCCAAUCAAAUCAAAUCAAUUUUAAUGAUGCUUAUUAUAAUAAUCAAAUAAUUAUGUGUGUUAUGAUGAUGAUUAUAAGGACGUGAUGUUU